AUGUACAAUCUGAAAUUGGAUAAGUUCAAAGGUAGUGAGGGCCACGAGGGCGCAGAGCGGUGGUUAGAACACAUUGAGAAGACUUUCCGUGUGUUGCAUAAUCAGGGGAACCUUCCUGUGGAGAGGUGGGUCGAGACGACCUCAUGGUUUCUGGAUACGGAGUCUGCAGCUUGGUGGGAGCAGGAGCUUCGUAGGUUGACUCCAGCUCAGAUGACUGAUUGGAAUGUUUUUACGGAUUUGUUUAAGAGGAGGUAUGUGCCCCCUGAGUACAUUGAUCGGAAGAAGCAGGAGUUCACCGAGUUGAAAAAGCGGAAGAUGUCGGCUAAUGAGUACUACCGCAAGUUUACUGAUCUGUCCCGCUACCAUCCUGACGUUGCUGGUAAUCCAGAUUUCUAUGAGAUACUGUUGAGGAUUGAGGACUCUGAGAAUAUGUCGAGCGACAGUGAUGAAGAGAAGGACGGCAAUCAGAAGAAAGAUGACAAGGGAAAAGGUCAAGCAUCGCUCGGGCCCCGUCAGACUCAGAACUUCAAGAGGGGUGGUGCAGGUUCGAGUUCUUCUAGUGGUGGCUUCAGUGCCACUGGACAAGGUCGUGGAGGUAGAUUUUCUGGUGGCGCUAGAGGCCAGAGGCAGGGCGAUGGUGGUUGA